CUGUCACAUAGACCUGCGUGUCGUCUGCGUAGCGACUGAAUGUUUCUGUAAGCGAUGAAGAGCGUGAAGAUUUAAAACAGAGGAGGCCUCAGGACGGAGCCGAGGGGAACUCCCCUGUGUCGUUUAGGAUUUAGCUGAAGGACAGAGAUCCAGACUAAAGGGCUCUGUCAUGAAAGAUUUGAGAUCUUGUGUUUUAUUGUAUGAGUCAUGCUCUUUAUGUGGCUGCAACCAGCCAAUCAUGGCCCUCGUUAUUGCCCUGCCCUAAAAUGAUACACAGAUGUGGGGGAAGAGAGAUCAGUUACCUGAUUACAGUGAAAGAGUUCAUGUUACUGUGUGUGUGUGUUCAGAAACAAAACCACACACACACACACACACACACACACACACCACACACACUCUCAGAUAACAACCCCCAAGGCUCAACAAUAAAGAAGAUUGAAGAUAACAUCCAGUUUCCUGCACCAUGGUGGCCACACUAUCCCUACCAGCUUGAUUUACACUCCUAAAUAAUCCUACCUUCAUAUCAGGCUCUAAGCUGUUUAUUUUUGAGUCUUUAAUAUAAGUGAAGAGUAGGUGAGCACGGCGGCAGGUCUCUCCACAUUACUCACCCUGCUGCCGCCAUGAACAGGAAGAACUGUUCUGCCGGUACUGAGUGGGACAGCCUCGUCAAACAGUGCAUGCCCAGCAGGACUAAAACCAGACCUCAACCUGAACCUGCUGAACCGCUGACAGCGCUGCCCCAGCCUCCUGUGGUCCAGGUGAGAGCCACGUCCCCUCCUCCUGUGACCUCGUCAGUGAUGGUUCUGAGUCCGGCUCUGUGGAUCUACGUGGUUCUGGUCACAGUGGGCUCCAUCCUGGCCUUGGCGCUCUUCUUCAUCUAUUACAAACAUAAGGCCAGGACCAGCAGAACCCAAGCGGACGCAGCUCAGCAUCAGGACUCUCUUCUGAAAGCAGAGCCGCCUGUCAUCCACGUCAUUAACAACCACGCAGCAGCAGCAGCAGCAGCAGCCGGGGGCCCUCCCGGGGCUCUGCUGUACCCAGUGGCCCAAACAGGUUCAGCGUGGGAGGACGAAUUCUCUGCUUACAGGGAUCCCCCAGAGCAUGCUGGGACGGGGGCGGAGGGAGGGCUGCCUUCAGGCGGCACGGCGAGGGAACACAGAGUCCCACUUCCUGCCACAGAGCUGGGCGGCACUGUGCUCGUUACAACUAAAACCAUGUAGGCCUGAGGUCUGAGUGUGUGUGUGUGUGGGGAGUGUGUGGGGAGUGUGUGUUUCUCAGCAUGCUCUCUACACACUGAGCUCACUGUGUUUCCUUAUUCUGAUCCAUAUUUUGGAUAACUUCAUGUACCGCCAUGUUUUUAUGGUUUUUAAGAUCGUAUUUGAAUCACUUUCUUUCUUUCUGCUGACAAAGAUAAAGUUUUUAUAAAGAUCAGUGUCCAGUAGUUUCAUCUUUUUCAGUUUUAUAGACUUCAAAGUGUUAAAGACAGAAGAGGAGCUGUGCUGUAUCUCAAACAUCAUUUAUUACAACAUGAACUCAUCACAGAGACGUUGCAUGGUGAGGAAGGUAGUUGUUACAUGUUCUCCUGUUUGUUGUCGUCACUGUCUGUGCAGCAGGAAAAAAGCUAUUUACACGGUAAAUAAUUUUAUUAUGAAUCGAGAGCUCCUGCAGGAAACAUCUGAACAUUAUCACAAACAGUAAGAGUUCAUGCAGCGUCACACCUCAGGAUCUGGAUUUACUUCAGAGGAGAACUGACCCUUUAAAGAUUAAAGAUCUCAAAGGAGGACCGUCACGCUGAAACCCACGAGGUCCUUCAGAGGCAGGAGAAAAUCCAUCUGACGCAUGUCGUGUGACAUUCAUCUCAUCUUUGUGGAUGUUUACUGUCUGACUUUGGCGCCCCCAAGUGGCAGCAUGAAACAAACACUGAGGCAGACUGCAGCAAAGGGAGAUGGAGAGGAAAUGAGAGCCACACUCAUGGCUGAUAAUCUUAAAACUAGUUGCACUCUUUUCCACGUUUCUUUUCUUGUCAUUGAAGAGUUUAAUCGUGUAGAGAGAAACACAGGACAGCAACUUAUUUAUAACUCUUCUUCCACCUCAGCUAACAUCUUAAAUUAUAUUUACAUCACCUGUGGUUGGAUUGUUCAGUCUGACUCUCACUGAUGUUCAUGCAGCAGAUAGAGGAGGUUUGAGCUGUGGAUAUUUGGCGUCUUAAAGUCUUAAAUGUUUAUCAGUUUAUGUUACAUUUGAAUGUUUUAAUCUAUGAACACCUUUACCUGUGUCGUAUCUGGAUUCCUCACCUCAGAUAGUUUACCCUAGACUCUCCCAUAAUGCAACGCUGCUGUGUGUCCCUGCUGAUGUGCUGAGUUAAGGUCAUUACACUCAUGUCAAAGAGGUGAUACAGAGGAAUGAUGCUUACUCCAAAUCAGGAGACUAAACUCUGUCUGUGGACACAUAUAUGUACUUCUUUGACUUUAAAUAAAAGUACAGUAUGCUCACA